UACCGAUAUUCCGAACAGACAACCUUCAGACUCCCGCCCCUUCCGCGGCGUAAUAAGAGCAGCGAAGGCCAGCAGUUGCGUGAGGAGUGCCUUGGGAUUAAGAAUACACCGUUGAUUCAUCAUCCACAUCAACCCGUGAUCAAGGACAAGAGAGAAGGAUGGUGACGGAGGCGGUGCUGGGGGUGCUGCUGCUGGUGUUGCUGCUCGCCCUGGUCAGCAGGAAGCCUAAAGGACUUCCUCCAGGUGAGUGGGGCUGGCCUGUGCUGGGCGCCUGGAUGCCGUCAGGAGUGACCAUGGAGGACCACGCUAAGGCUCUCAGACAGAAGUAUGGCGACAUUUUCACGUGGAGGAUGGGCAGCCGCACGAUGGUCUUCCUCAACAACUUCCAGCUCAUCAAGACAGCGUUCAACAACCCCGACCUGCAAGACCGACCUGACUUCUACACCUUUGAUUGUUUUAUUGACUUCAAGAAAACUGGUAUAUUCGCAAGCAAUGGCGUCCACUGGCGCAACAGCCGUCGGUUCGCCCUGCGUCAGAUGAAGGAUCUGGGAAUGGGCAAGUCGAGCCUGAUGGACGCCAUCCAGUACGAAGCGACUUGUCUGGUGGAAGACUUCAGUAAACACACGGGACAUCCCACUGUCCUCCCUCGCUCUCUCGAUGUUUCUGUCCUCAACGUCAUCUGGAGACUUAUCUCUGACAUAAGGUAUAACGUGGACGACCCCAAGAUUCACGAGUUUAGUAAACUCAUGACCGAUUCACUCGGCAUGAUUCAGGGCCCCGCCCUACUCUUCGACAUGUUCCCCUGGCUGCUGACCGUCGCCCCAACCUUCAUUGAAAAACUCCUGGGUGUAGACGCAGACCUACGUAAGAUCUCACAGCUCAAGGACUUCACCAUGCAAGUGAUCGAGGAACACGAGGCCUCGCUGGACCCCGACAAGCCGAGGGACUACAUUGACAUCUACCUCGUGGAGAUGAAGACACAGCAGGACAACCCAGAGUCUACCAUGGACAAACGUGACUUGAAUGCCCAGCUGGUAGAUCUGUUUGCUGCAGGGAGCGAGACGACCACCCAGACGUUAAGGUGGGCGAUCAUGUACCUGGCCAAGUACCCAGACAUCCAGACCAGAGUACAGCGCCAGAUUGAUGACGUAGUGCCCAGAGGAACACUCCCUUCACUCCAAGAUAAACCUAAACUGCCGUACCUGGUGGCGGUCAUUCAAGAGGUCAACAGGGUUGUGUCUUUAUCACCUUUAGGAGUCACUCACUUCGCUGCCGCUGACACUCAACUUGCUGGCUACACAAUACCAAAGGGAACAGUGGUCAUCGCUAACCUGGAGAUGUGCCACAAGGAUCCAACCUACUGGGAGAAGCCUGAUGAGUUCUACCCGGAGCAUUUCCUCGACAGUGAAGGAAAACUGAAACCCAGGAAGGAGAAUUAUCUUCCCUUCUCUAUUGGUACGCGUGCAUGCCCAGGCGAGCCUCUGGCCCGCAUGGAACUCUACCUCUUCUUGUCAGCGUUACUGCAGAAUUUUACCUUCUCGGCUCCUGAAGGAGAGGACAUCGACCUUCAGAAGGAUCCAAGCAAUGUGCUGAUCAACUUUCCCAAACCCAAUAAAGUUGUCAUUAUCAAGAGAACACAGAAUGGUAGUGUGACGGACAGUGGAAUGUCGGGUGACAGUGCAGGCAGCAAAGAAUGAACAAGAACUUCUUCGACGGGAUACCACGAGGCAGAAGACCAGCUGAUGAAGGGGGAGAUGCCCAUAGGAAGUUUGUAUGUGCUCCUUCUGCAGAACGGAAGUAACACAAAAGAUUGUGGAACCACAUGUGGGCAGUGCACUCAUGUGGACCUGGGAGCGUUUGUUCGAUCACACGGGUUAAAAAAAUACCCAAAUAAAAAACACGAAAUCGACUUAGUUUACAGAAGUUGUUUGUUCACCAUACAGUAUUUCAUACAAGUUUCCAUUACAACUUCAUGUGCCUAGAUAAUAAAAGAAAAAUACCUA